UGCUUCGUUGUAACUAUUAGACGUGAAUUUGCCAAGUAUGUUUCCAGUAACGUGAACAAAAGAAAAAAGAAAAAACAAAAAAAAUGAAAAACCCAGACACAGACAUACAAAACAGACACAGAAGAUAUACCUAUAUAUAUACAUAUAUAUAGAGUAACAAUUUAGCGGAGAUAAGGUAAACGUAAGAAUUAAACGCAAGAUAUAUUAUUAUACGUAUAUCGAUCAACUAUCGAAGAAAGCUAUGACUAUCGUGGCCUGCGUCCGGGGGUCGAUGGUGAUGCUACGGAGGGGGUGGGUUUCCACAGGAACAGUAAGAAAUAGUAACGCGAGAUUCUAUAUGUAUAAAAAAAAAAAAGGAAAAAAAAAAAAUGAAACAAGAUUCACGCGUGAUGAAAGCACGCGUACACACCAAAAUCACAAACACGCGCAUACAUAUCUACCUACAUGCAUACAGGUACAUGUUGACAUCCACAUGCAUACGUAUACACAUACACACUAUCGAGCGAAAGUUUAUACUAUAUUCUUGUAAUAAAAUGCUGAAAACGUAGAAGGAAGUGGCGACAUCGAAACCCUAUUUUCUGUACACGUGAGACUACGUGAAUAAUCCCAUUGAUUCUCUGCUCCACAUCCUAUUUUUCGCGCGACCCUAUCAUCAGAUGCCGUAUUGUAACUGCAGGGUGUUACGGUUUGUCACGAGAUAAGCUUUGGGGUCAGAAACGGUGAUAUAAGUAGAGGAAAACUAGCUGAUAAGACCACUGUCUCAAGGGGGAAAUUUUGGACAGCAAUGGUGUACGUCAUGAUUAGGAGUGCUCAAUUAGUGUGUUUAUUUUAAGGAACUCGAGGGGAGCAAUAAGGGAAAGUGUAAGGGAUCUUAGGAUUAUAGUAGUAAAGCUACUAGCAGGUUAGACAUGUUUGGGGAAGGAUAUUGAUAGGGAUACUGGGAAGUUACAUUAGUAGAGUAUACUAGCUCUAGAACAUUGGACUGAUAUAGAGGGAUUAUGGUACUAUCUCACUUUACAAAUAAGAGCUAACGGACUGUUUCUACUGGCGCUAGUAUACUCUACUGUUUACUCUAUCAAUCUGACCUAGGCUCUACCAUCCACCUUUCGGUCAUCUACCACUUUCCAUGGGUCUCUAUAGUACAGAUAAACCCUGCGACCACAUGAUUCUUGCUAUUCCAUCACUAACAUUCAUUCGUGGAGUUUAUGGUAAGUUUACGAGUACAUACACGAAAGAAGAACAAGUAGGGGACAAUGUAGAUCCGCAAAAUUUCCCUGGAAGUACAUCCACUGAUCUAUAGGGUUCCCUAACUAAUGGUAGUAGCGACACGAACCAAAACUGUGGUACUUUCCACGAAGUUCAACUUGUCGUUUCUGUUGAUAAGUUAGAUAUCUGAAGUAAUGGAAGCAACCCUUGGUUGUCUCUUCUGCCACGAUCGAUCGAGUCAUCGGCAUCUUCACUUUGUCCUAACUCUUGAUUAAAGUUUCUACCCCCAUCGAAUUUCGGUUCUGUACCCAUAGAACCUUUAUGUUCCACCCGAAAACGUUAUCAGUGAUAAGAUUCAAAGAUGCGGCGGUAGAAGGUCCGUAGGAACUUAGGGGUUGGUACGAGCGCGAUUACGACCGCGAAAGGGCAGAGGAGGGUCGUAAGGUUGGCUGUAGCGAGAGGGGGUAUUGGUGGUGGCGGGUGUCAGCAAAGGGGAAUAAGUUUCAUUGAACCAGAAUUCGACGGUGCUGCCCGCGAACGGGUCUGCGGCAAGGGAGCCGAAAAGGGACAGCAAGGGGUAACGAGCGAGUGAGAGGGCGGCGAAACGACCACCGGGAGGGUGAGCUCUGAUCGUAGAGGGGCAACAGGGUGUAAGAGGGGGUAGUGAGAGGAACAGACACGGGGAUACGGAGGUGGCAUCGUGUCGCUGGCCUCUGCGGCAUAUCUGCAGGUUUCUGUGGCGUGUGCGUGACACGAUCGCGGGGAUUAAUAAUCAGCCGGAAGUUUUGUCUCGUUGGGAGAAAGGUGCCUCGGUCGAAAGCUGUGUAUCUGUUUCGCGUACCAGCUAUAUGUUCAACGCGACUGUGUGCCUGUGCGUGCGAUUGUUCUCGGGAUAGUUGAACGAGAAGAACGCUAUCCGGGGGGAUGAAAGUCUUCGAUGGAGCGACGCGGUCGCAGCAUCCUCGACGUUCGCGUUUCCUCGACGUACGACUGGUCGGCGAGAAGGGUGUCAGUGGUCGAUGCGAAAGCUUCUUAUCGUCGUCGGGUCUCGAGCGACGAGAUUGAUUGAUCGGGCCGAGAGGAUAAUAGAAAAGUACUCGUCGAUGCCAGUCGACGACCCCGCGGCUCAGGUGGGGGAUGUCCUCUCGCGAGAACGGGCAAACACACGUUCGCACGCCUGAGACUACACGCGUGGAUAGGAAGCUGACAAGUGCAUCGGUGCGGUUACUUUGCGUUGCUCCCACGUUUCUUACCCGUUCGCUUCGUUUCGCGAUAUCACGCGACCUGACCGCCUCCCCUGCGUAAUCUCGAGUGGUGUCCUCUCGUACGUGCUGUUCGUACUGAUCCACCAACGAGUAACAAGGUGACAAGCCGACUCCCACGGGCAGAAUAAACAAAUGAAAAAGGACGAACAUGAAAUAAUUGAAUCGUAAGAGGAAAGGAACACAACUCGUAGGAUGAACAAAGAAGACGGAUAAACCAGGAAGAGACAGACUCUUGCGUUUAACUUUUCAACGAGCCACUAAGCGUCGCCGCGGAUUGGUCGGCGAAGCGAGCGUACGGAUUUUUCGUCGCAUCCGCAGAUUCAUGCAAAUUAAUGGUGGAAGAGGAACGGGUCGACAAGUGGGCCAACGUGCACGGCCAGUGCACUUAAUCAGAAUGAAAUCUAAGAAGUCACGGGCAACAAUGGCUUUGUGAUGCACCAAGGAGCCUGGUCGGCGAAAUGAAAGUCCCCGAGAAACAAUGGAAGCGUCCACGCAAGCAUGACGGCUCCAUUCAGAUUCGCAGACGGCAUGCUUAGUGGCGGCCAAAGCAGACGCUCAAAUCUCUAAACGGCAGGGGAAGGAUCCAGAGGAACAAAUAACAGCUGCAGAAGAGAAACUGAAGCUGUGGCAUGUUAGGGCCAAAGCAGCACCCUCUGCGAGGGCGUAUCCUGUUAGCCCUCUUCUUUUUACUGGGCACGUUCGCCUUACUGUCACGAGCAGCCGCGUUUCCGGAUUGGACCGACUGCCCGGCAGUGUGUCGAUGCAAGUGGACUUCUGGCAAGAAGUCCGCUCUAUGUCCUGACGCUGGUUUAACGUCUCUACCGGCCUCGUUGGAUCCCGACAUGCAGGUGCUGGAUCUAUCUGGGAACAAGAUUCCCGCGUUGCAGGCAGAAGUCUUCAAGCGUUCCGGUUUGUUGAAUUUGCAAAGGGUGUUCCUGAGGAAUGCCGGUAUACACCAAAUCCAUUCAGAUUCCUUCAGGGACAUGAGAAUCUUGGUUGAGAUUGACUUAUCGGACAACCAUGUUAAGAGCCUGGAGCCGGGCACGUUCUUGGGCAACGAAAGACUGAGAAUCCUAAUUUUAAGCGGCAAUCCUCUCGGCAACCUGAGGAGCCACCAGUUCCCGAUUCUGCAGCAUUUGCGGAAUCUAGAGUUACAGAGGUGUUCGUUAUCCGAGAUCAACGGCGAGGCGUUCGUUCAUCUGACUGGACUCGAGUCGUUGAGGUUGGAUCAGAACAAGCUCGAAUAUCUGGAGGCGUCAGUGAUUUCCAGUUUGCCGCGUCUAAAGACUCUUACGUUGGACGGUAAUCAGUGGAGCUGCGAUUGUAGGCUUCGGGACUUUCGUAGUUGGUUGAUACCUGACGGACCCAGCAAAUUGUACUCCGUGCCUCAAGUGUGUUCAUUGCCGUUACGAUUGAACGGUCGCAAGUGGGAGGAUGUGAAACCCGUUGAGUUCGCUUGCGAGCCGAAAGUGUUUGUGCUGGCUAGCAGUAUCAAGGAGGAGACGAACGGCAAUCUAAGCUUGGCUUGUUUGGCUACGGGAGAUCCGGAACCGGAAGUCUGGUGGCAGUUGAACGGUGGCCCGGUGAACGCGACGAAAUUGACCGAGCAAACAUAUUCAGGAACUUACGUUGCGUACGCGACCUCGGACGCCGGCACAGUCUACAACGAAUGGUCUACAUCGGCGAGGAUAACGGACAGGUGGAAUAACCUGACGGUCUACAACGCAAGUGAUGGUGACGCUGGAGAAUAUUCUUGUUUCGCGAAGAACAUUGCCGGACUAGCCAGGGACACGGUCAGUGUGGCGAUACCGCGAGUGUACACAGCGCCCACGCUUUCCCAAAGCGAUAAUUGGUUGUUAUGGGUCAGUUUGGCAGGCGGUGGUGCCGCUGCCUUGUGCGCCUCAAUUUCCGCGGUAUUGUUAGCACUUUGCGUGUGCGGUGGGACUCGUCGACACAGUGCCCGCGAGAAGGUGAAACUGCAAGGUAGUACUAGCUUCGGUGACCAAGAAAAGAAGCUGCUCGAUCUUUCCGUGACUACCACGACUCCAGGAAAUAGCAACGAUCGAGGUAGUGGCCACGGUAGUUUGGUGGAGGCUUGCAGCACGGGUGAUUUGGAACUGGCGGAACGUGGCUCGAUCUGCGAUCCAAUGAGCGCAGCCACCGUCACUGUCGAGAGACUGCGUCCGGAAGUCACAAGUGGUUCCAUGAACGCUAUGAGGGCUGUUCCCUGCACCGCGAUGUUUCCGCCACCGCCUCCUGAAUUCACCAGUGGCGUUCUGCCAGCUGGAAUCUUCGGAAAUAUCUUUAUUUCUGUGUCGAUGCCGCAGGACUCUUCGGAUCGCUGUUAUCCCGACUUGCUAGAUAUCCCGGUUCACGGCACGAGCAGUGCAAUGAAUAAAACCACCUCAGCCUUACCAUCCGCAAGCAGCGUGUCCAGUUUCGCGACGCUACCGCGACGAGCAUUGCGAUCGAGCGACCUCUGUUCCCCUUACGACAAUAUGGGGCCCCGUGUGACCGCUAACGGGAGCUCCGCGUUCUCAUUGACGGACGUGGACCUACGAUUAUCACCUCCGCCGCCACCCCGAAUUAUUCAACCGCCCCACGAGUUCGUAUCCCUCUGAGACACGUCGAGUGCCUAGAGGGGGCCGGCUAGUCGGUUAUACUUGUUCAAAGCUCGUCCGUCGCUUUUCUUCCCUCAACGUUCAGUCGCGUCCUCCCUUAAACGGUGUCUUCUUCAUUAUUGUGUUCGUCGCCGACAGUAUUUCCACACGGUGUGUACCCCGCAUUUUAUACGGUGAGCCAUGGGCCUACCAGGUGAGACUACCAAGAAACUAUGCGUGAAAACUUGACUCUGAUCGUUCAUUUUUCUUUCUUCGUUUCUCAUCGUGGACAUUCUUGAGUUUCAUGGGCUGUGAUGUUUUUUUAGUUUCCAAGAACCUCGUACAGUGACCUCGAUGUAUCUUCGGUGUGAUAAAAUUGUUCUGAUAAUCGACGAGUCUUUCAGAGGCGUGAGGAUUAUGGUUGACAUUUUUGUAAUUCAUUUAUUUUCAAUCGUUAUCGUAGUUGUACAACAGCGAUCAUUCAAAGAUGAACGUAUACAUUUUUAAGAUGGUCAAACGUUAUUCACUUUUAUUUCUUUUUGAAUAAAGAGUGACAUUUUAAUGACGCAACAAAGCUACACGUUGAAAAGUUAAUUUAAUCCUGAAAAAAAAAAGAAACGGAACUUUCACGCGAUAUAAAUAAAUAAUAACUGCCAGGUUUGAAUGAAGAUGAAAUGAAAACGCAUUUUUACGACUGACCCAUUAAAUUUGCUCAGAACUUCGCUUCCAGGAAACGUUCGUUAUCGCCACUUGGUAAGCGAAUGGCUCAUAUUUUUAAUCAACAAAAUACCAUUCCUCGAGCGUACAUUUGAGUAAGGUUGUAUGCAUACAGGGACCUAGAAAGUUUGUAUCUCGUGCGUAUAUUAAAGACGUCCGACAGGUUAACGAAAGUAGUAUACACAGAAUAUUUGAUCGAAUCCAAUCCAGUUAUGUCUGUCCAGCCUAUUCGAUUAUAUAAGACAUGGAGUGUCGAAACUGCACGUUCCAAACUCUAUGAAAAUCAUUUUCGAAUCGCAAGUACGUUCAGUCAAAAUCAUCAUCGCAAGACAAACUCGUUCGUUUGCUCAAAACUUCGAGAAGGCAAAGUUUCAUCAAUCAUUCAUUUGUCAUUUAACCUUUCUUAUUAUACCAACGAUCACGAGUAUCAAAGGAUUAUAAUAUUGAUCUUUUGUUUGUCCAUUCAAUCCACAAAUCUCAUAGACAUUUUUCACAUUCGAACCCUUAUUCGCACUUCGUUCUAUCGCAUCAGAAGCCAUACGUUUGUUAACCCUCUUGCUAGAGCAAUGUUCUAUCAGAAGACUAAUACGCUAUAUGGGCACACCAGACGCCAGUCAUUUUUGCGGCUACGUACAACAGGUUUCCUUCCUGUACAAUUCAUUUCAUUUAUUCUUUUACCAUGCACGCAUGAAUACUUAACAGUAUUCACCACAGCAGCUGGCCACGGUUAUCCUUGGCACGCAGUGGGUGCUUAGCAAUGGGUGACUGUAGGUCGCUCUUAGGGUACAGUGGAUAUUAAGCAACGAAAGGGUUAAAUACUCAAACGACCAAUUUUCAUACCUUCUUUAUUUCCAAAGACUUUCACCCCAAUGUAAGUUCUCUUCAAGUUCUCUUGAUACAAUUCGCAUAGACGGAUGGACACGUACAGUUUCGAAGACGACCCCCCAUGUGUCUGUAUGUUCGCUUGUCUGCCUGGCUUGCAUGCUUGGUCGACGUACAAAAUGGCUGCUCGCAGAGAAAAGAAGCGUGUACGGUGACGAUGGUGAGUGCGUGCGUGACGGUUAGACCUUAAGUCUCUUCUAGUUGCCAACAUACACACCAAUGUGGGUGGUUUGUACAUAAAGAAACGAUGGAAAUGAAAAAGAAAAAAAUCGAGGUUCUUUCCGUGUGGCGGAAACAGAAACGAAGUAAAGUUACCGAGUUACCUUCCCCUCCCUAAUCAUUCUCGAGGUGUAUCACUAGUUUGUUACGUACUCUACGUGUGUACAUAUUUGUUAUCGCAGUACACGUAUUAAAAAUAGAGUGGCUGGCGUGUACAGCGUCGCCGCCCAUUAUGAACACUUUGUCAAUUAAUAAAACGAUUGAAUUUUACACA